AUGGCUCGAUUUCGAAAUAAAAAGAGGACACCGUUUGUGAGGCCGAUUGCCAGGAAGCAAGCCACCGUAGACCACGUUACAGGUGAUAAAAUCCCCAAGAGCUUCGUCUUCUGUCGGGGGAAGCUGCCCGGCCCUCUCAGGCAGUUGGAAUUGGAUUUGAGAAAAUUAAUGCUUCCUUACACUGCUCUAAAGCUCAAGGAAAAAAAGCGUAACAAUAUCAAAGAUUUCUUGAAUGUUGCGGGGCCAAUGGGUGUCACGCAUUUCCUCAUCUUAUCGAAAACCGAGACCUCACCAUACCUGAGGGUGGCUAGAACGCCACAGGGCCCGACUCUUACUUUCAAGAUUCAUAAGUAUUCGCUGGCUACUGAUAUUGCUCGGUCUCAAUUGCGCCCAAGAUGCCCGAAAGACCUCUUCAAGAAUCCCCCUUUGAUUGUGCUUUCUGGUUUUGGGACUGGAGAACAGCAUCUAAAGCUUACGACUAUUAUGUUUCAGAACAUAUUUCCAGCCAUUGAUAUAAACACUGUCAAGGUUUCAUCAUGCCAAAGGAUUGUGUUGCUUAAUUACAACAAGGAAACAAAGCUUAUUGAUUUUCGACACUACUCAAUCAGGUUACAGCCUGUGGGGGUAUCCCGGAGAAUACGGAAGUUUGUACAGAACCAUCAGGUGCCCGAUUUAAGGAAUCUUAAGGAUGUCAGUGAUUUUGUUACAAAGGCUGGUUAUGGCUCUGAAAGUGAAAUGGAUGAUGAAGCAGCAACUGUAAGUCUGCCAAUGGAUCUUGACAGAGUUAAUCGAGCAUCAAAUAAAAGCGCUGUGAAGCUUCAAGAAAUUGGACCGAGAAUGACCCUUCAACUCAUGAAAAUUGAGGAAGGAUUGUGUACUGGUGGAGUUAUAUUCAGUGAAUUCGGGGACAAUACAUCAAGAAAUAACAAGAAAACUGUUGAUGAAGAGCAACAACAUGAAGAAAACGAUGAAGAAGAAGACGAUGAGGAAGAACAAGAUGAUGAUGAUGAUGAUGAUGAUGAUGAUGAUGAUGAUGAUGAUGAAGAAGAAGAUGAUUGA